CAAGAAGUGUUGCCUAAUCAAGCUGAGUGGCUGCGGCUGCAGUUACGAGCGCCAGGGUUAAGAACCUAUCAGUCACGCAAAUUACGGCACGGAUGCUGGCUUUGAAGUUGAAGUGCCGCAGCGCUCUAAGGAUUCAGGAAGCUCUGUGAGGGCAACAUGCAUCAUUCAUGCUUGCGAGGUUUGGAGUUCACCUUCAAGUUUUAGAUGGCGGGCUAGCAAGCGGUGUGACCACGUGAGAGGGAGGGUGAAGUUGUCUUUUGCCUGUCGGUGUUGGCUCUUUCUUGGUCGCAAUGGAGGUGACAACCCUAAAAGAAUCGAUGCAAGGCUCCCGCGAAUACCCGGCGGCUUUGCUGCUAGGUUUCUUCCAAGCUCGCAACAUUAUAGGUCGAUGCUGGUAGUGAAGAUCAUUGGACAGGCACGCUUGCAGUUGCGCUGAAGCAAUGUCACGAAAAAGCCCUGUAAAGGGCUCGUUUGUACAAAGAUUCAUUCUGCUCCACCUCAUUUCGGCUUUGGUCUGGUACACACAGCUCCUGGAUGCACAGGCAUUGCCCAAUAAAGCAGAUGCAAAGAGUGCUGGAAAUGCAGCCGUGGGGCGAAAGGCUCCAAUCCCUAUAGACGAGCCGUUUGAAUGCUUCCCUGAGAAAAACGAGGAUUGCUACUUCAACAAAUACUCGUCUCCCAUCUGGCCCGAGGUCCGGCGCAAUAUGAGCGCGCUGACUCAGCGCUGGCAGACCGUCGCGUUGGAAAAACCUCCCUAUCCCGAGGGAAAAUAUCACGGGAGGGGCAUUGCAAUCUCCUGCGGUCCCAGGGGGAUCAACAACCUUCCUGUCCUUUUGAGAGUGCUACGCGACAUGGGGUGCAACCUCCCCGUCGAAAUCUGGCACCUGUCGUCGGAGAGUCUGCCCUUCGAGCACGCCGGGUGGCUCGCAGGCCACAAGAACGUCAUGCUGAAAGAUCUGCUCGAGUAUGCCAAGGAUAUCGAGAUGGUCGAGACGAACGUCGGCCCGCGCAUGUUUGCAAUCAAGCCGCUGGUUCUCCUGCACAGCUCCUUUGAGGAGGUGCUGCUGCUCGACGAUGACAACCUGCCGCUCCGGGAUCCGACGUACUUGUUUGAGUAUCCGCAGUAUAAAGAGUCGGGGGCGAUUUUCUGGCCCGAUUACUGGCGGACGAGCGCGUUGAAUCCAAUCUGGGACCUCGUGGGGGUGGACCCGCACGGGUAUGAGCAAGAGAGCGGGCAAUUGCUGGUGAACAAACGGAAGGGCUGGGCCGCGCUUGCUGUGACACUGCUGUUCAACCAAGCGCCUUAUAGAUUGCUUCUGAACGGCGACAAAGACACGUACCGCUUUGCGUGGAUGGCGGUCAAGCAGCCCUUCUCGUUCGUGCGGCAACCGAUCGGUACGGCGGGCAUGGUCGACUCCAAGAAGGAGCUGUGCGGGACGACCAUGGUGCAGUUCGAUCUGGACGGCCACGAAAUCUUCCUGCACCACAACAUGCUCAAAUCGGGGCCGUUGAAACGGGCGGGGGCGAACUGGGCGGAGGCGAAGAUCCCGGUAAUGGGGCCGAUGGAGAAGUUCAAGCCGGUGCCGGGGGAUGCGUUGGAGUUGGCGGACGAGACGAGCAUCAACUGUAUGGAUAUCAGUGGGCGGUAUGACGUCAAGUUGCGGCCGUUCAAGGAGUUUGAGGAGAAGUACUUCGACUCGCACGAGGUGUUGACGGAACCGUGGCUUUUGACGAACACGACGGAACGGUUCAAAGUACCGUUCCCGGAGGACUCGGUGCUUGCGGCGAUCAAGGGGGUCAACUUGAAGGGGACGUCGACGCACGAGCUGAGCUUCCCCGCGCCCAACACGACCCGGUUAAAGAUCGAGUUGACCAUAACCCAUGUUCAAGAAGAGGGGGAGACGGCCAUCGAUCCGUUGUGUGAGUCCAAGGUUUGGGUUGACCAGGUGUUGUUGCCAUUGGGGCGGUGCUCGGCGAUUGGCGCGGGGUAUGUGGGGAAGACGUUUUUCAUGCACAACAAGUCGUACCAUAAGCUGCUGAGCAGGGAUACAGGGAAGGGGAUGUGUAGCAGGGUUUUUGAGCUAACGGCGCAGCCGUUUACGGGGGUGAUCACGAAAAAGGCCGUCAAGUUGCGGCUGUGUGGAUGGGUAAAGAGCGUCAACGCUGUAAGGUGUUUAAACACCAGCGUGAAGCUGCACAUGCCCCGAUGCAGGGGUAAACCUAUGCAACCGGGAUAUAUAUAGGGAUUGGCGUGGUAACAUAGGCUUCUGUCCUGAGGUCAAAGCUGAUCAGUGGCAAGCGGGCUUGGGUGUACAAAUCUAGCACCAGCAGCGAACGUUUUCCGACAUCUUCUCGGAUCUGGUAGGCGACCUUGGAGGAAUCGCGUCUCGAGGUUGCCGCCUAUUAAAUUAAGCCGCACACUAUCUGGAACUCUACUGGGUAGAACUGUCCAGACCCGUUUCACCACUCUCUGUCCAACAGUAAGGCGGCUAGAAAGAGCUUCAUGCUACACCCAGCAAUGGGACGAUAGCACGCUGUCCCCUUUUUUGAACAGCAGAUUCCGAUAUAUGUCACCUGCAUGGACAGUUCUGCGCCAGCACCUUGGCCGGUAUUCAAGUUUUUAAGGUCAAAG